UCGCCGUAUAAGGCAUGCGUGUCUUGGGUGGCUCGCGCACAAGCCUCACUGUAUCCCCGUCGCCUCAUAUCAUCCUGUUCGUGCACAACCAGCUCAGCUUCUACCGCCUUUGAAUAAUGCACACUCUACAGCUAUUAGCCCUAUUCUUCUUUGCACUUCACGCGGGCCCUGAAUUAUCUGAAACUCGAAGCAUAACCGUCGCCGACUACCCAGUCGUGCUCCCAUACACCGCAGUGAUCGCCGCUAUUUUAAUUGCACUGGUGAAGAAAGCAGUCUACGCUUUGUCAAGACUCUUCAGCUUUAGGUUUCAUUUUUUCCUUGCGCUGCUGUACGUCUCGUUCUUCGUCACCCCAUACUUGUUUCCUGGACUUGCUGCGUCGCUCGGCAUGACGGAAGUCUUGACAGCCCGGUCGCUCGAAUCAUCUUUCUUCAGCAGCAUAUCUUCUCUGAUAAAGGGACUCGGGGAUUCGAGCCUGCCGACGAGGUCGUCUGAUUCCGACGGCGCUGAAUACACGCAAGAACCUACGACACCCCUGUCCUACGUGAGUGCAGGUGCAAGAGAAGAUUUCACUUCAAGCGCGCAGACCAAUGUAUCGUGUUCAGCGUAUGACGUUUGCAUCUCCGCGAGGAAAGUUGCCUCGGAUUAUCCAUUCAGCGUGGUCUUCUUGUCGUACAUCGGAGAUUACCUAAAAGACAUGGACAACGUACAACCCAUACGAUUUGGGUUAGCCGGAAUGGACUGUGCUUCACAUUUUCCACGCUGCAAUUAAAGCCAGGUGCGCAAUGGAUUUUAUUCACCAGACAAAGAACAUCGUUUUCAAUCAAUUGUAUCAUCAGCAAUAAAGGGGCUACUAUCGUC